GUAAAAGAAACAUCAAAGCCCAUUCACUCCACAAGUCCUGUCUUAAAUCACCAUAUCACAUACUCUCUCUCUCUCUCUCUCUCUCUCUCUCUCUCUCUCUCUCACACACACACACACACACACAGAGUGUUCCCCCACGCUUGCUCCGCCGCCGUAACCUCACCCUCACCGCCUCCGACAACCGACGGCAGCGCUCAUAUCUCACCCUUUCAGGUCAUUCUAGCAACUAAAAUGCAGCAAAUCUACACUCUAAGAUUCGUCGAUGCUUCAACCUUUUAUUUCAAGUGAAAAAAAGGGUUUUCGAAACAGUGUUCAAAGUUGUAAAUUCGUCACCACCGCUAGUACGGUUUGAUUUAGGUAAACCCUUUCGAGUUCUGGAUAUAUAGCCUUCAAACCCAUUUGGGGAAGCCGAUAAACCCUACUUUCAAGUCGUAUUGUGUUUGUGAAUGCUGUUAAUCUAAGUUUUUCAGAAAAGUUCAGAGCUACAUUGGGUUUUUUUUGUUCGAUGAAGAAGAUGAUUAGGGUUGUAUUACUGGUUUUGUGUAUUGUUCCUGCUAUGAGUCAGCUUCCUUCCCAGGAUAUUUUAGCAUUACUGGAGUUUAAAAAAGGAAUCAAACAUGAUCCAACUGGGUUCGUUCUUAAUUCCUGGAAUGAAGAGUCAAUCGACUUCAAUGGCUGCCCAUCUUCCUGGAAUGGAAUCAUGUGCAAUGGUGGUAAUGUCGCCGGUGUGGUCCUCGAUCAUCUGUCACUAUCAGCUGACAUCGAUUUGAAUGUAUUCGCAAAUCUCACAAAAUUGGUAACCCUUUCGAUAUCCAACAACUCCAUGACUGGAAAAUUCCCAAACAAAUUAGGCGAAAUGCUUUCGUUUCUCGAUAUUUCCGAUAAUCUCUUCAAUUCGUCUCUCCCACCUGAUAUCGGAAAGGUCAAUAGCUUAAUGAAUCUGUCUUUAGCGGGAAACAGCUUCUCAGGGUCCAUUCCCGAUUGGAUUUCAGAGAUGAGCUCGCUAAAAUCUCUCGAUUUAAGCAGGAACUUAUUCUCUGGUCCAAUUCCACCGUCCAUUACAACGCUAAACAACCUUGUUUACCUAAAUCUAUCAAUGAACGGGCUCACAAAGAAAAUCCCGAAAGGGUUUCAGGACAUGAUAGCGCUUGAAGUUCUUGACCUCCAUGGAAAUACGCUUGAAGGUAAUUUCGACGUUGAAUUCCUGCUUUUUACAACUUCCGUUCACGUUGAUCUUAGUGGGAAUCUGUUAACUUCUUCAAAUCAAGAUGGGAAGUUCUUACCUGGGAUUUCUGACACUGUGAAAUACUUGAAUCUUAGCCACAAUCGGUUAACCGGAUCUUUAGUUUCCGGUGGUUUGUUGAAGUUUGGGAGCUUAGUGAUGAUGGAUUUGAGCUACAAUCAGUUAUCUGGAGAACUUCCGAGUUUUAAUUUUGCAUAUGUUCUUCAAGUUCUUAAGCUCUCGAAUAACCAGUUUUCUGGGUUUAUUCCGAAUGAUCUUCUGAAAGAUGAUUCGUUGGUGCUAAACGAGUUAGAUUUGAGUGGGAAUAAUUUCACAGGUCCAAUGAGUAUGAUAAUGCCAGCAACUCUAAAAGUCCUCAAUCUAUCCAACAAUCAUCUCACGGGUGAGCUUCCAUUGGUGACGGGUGGAUGCACUGUUCUUGAUUUAUCAAACAACAAUUUCGAAGGAAGUUUGACCAAAUUAGUCAAAUGGGCAAACAUCGAGUUUCUUGACCUUAGUCAAAAUCGGUUGACCGGUUCAUUCCCAGAAGUCACAUCUCAAUUCUUGAGGCUAAAUCACUUGAAUCUUUCCCAUAAUUCUCUCAAUUCAACAAUCCCAAAAGUAAUCACAAUGUUUCCAAGACUCGAAUCACUCGAUCUUGCUUCAAAUCAAUUCAAUGGACCUUUCCCGAAUGGAUUACUCUCCAUGCCUACUUUGCAAGAACUUUACAUUAAUGGAAACCAACUUUCGGGAAAUAUCGAUUUUUUUCCGGAUAAUUCCCUAUCGAAUGUAUCCAAGAUUCGGGUUCUUGAUAUUUCUAGUAAUCAAUUCGGUGGCGAGUUUCCGGAAGGUUUCGGUUUGUUAUCGGGAGUUGAAGUUCUAGAUGUUUCCGGAAACAAAUUCACCGGUUCUUUACCAGAAUCUUUAACCGGUCUUACUUCUCUCGUUUCUCUAGAUGUUUCCGGAAACCAUUUCACGGGCCCUCUUUUAAAGAAUUUGUCCGAUAAUUUAACGAGAUUCAACGCGUCUUACAACGAUUUCUCCGGAGUUGUUCCGGAAAAUUUACGGAAGUUUCCGGAAUCUUCCUUCUUUCCCGGAAACUCCAACCUUCAGUUUCCGAAUCCCCCGGCCGGACCAAAAUCCGGUAACUCCACCUCCGGGAAGAAAAAACCGAUCAAAACCGUUUUCAAAGUGCUUGUAAUUGUCGCGUGUGUUAUUGCAGUUGUGAUUUUAAUCCUCCUAGCGGUUUUCAUCCACUACAUGCGCGUUUCACGGCGCCCGGUGGAAGUCGGGACGAAAGACAUCCGCCGCCAUACCGUUGGCGGGAGUGGCGGUGCAACCGCGGUUUCCUCCGGCGAUAUACGAAAAGGGUCGUCAUCGGAGGCGAUUACGCCGGAAAAGAUCGGUGUUGUAGGCGGCGGUGGUGGUGGUGCGGUGGCGAGUUUUUCACCGUCGAAAACGAGCGGUUUCUCGUACUCGCCGGAUUCCGGUGACUCGUACACCGUGGAAAACCUCGCGAGGCUCGAUGUCAGGUCGCCGGAUCGGUUGGCGGGAGAGCUUUACUUUCUUGAUGACACGGUGUCGUUUUCGCCGGAGGAGCUUUCGCGAGCUCCGGCGGAGGUGUUGGGGAGGAGCAGCCACGGGACGUCGUAUCGUGCCACCCUUGAUAACGGUUUGUUGUUGACGGUGAAAUGGUUGAGAGAAGGUGUUGCGAAACAAAGAAAGGAUUUUGCAAAAGAGGCGAAAAAGUUUGCGAAUAUUAGACACCCGAAUGUGGUUGGUUUACGAGGGUAUUAUUGGGGGCCCACACAACAUGAGAAGCUAAUUCUUUCGGAUUAUAUAUCUCCUGGAAGUCUUGCGAGUUUUCUCUAUGAUCGACCGGGAAGAAAAGGGCCUCCAUUGACAUGGGCACAAAGGCUAAAAAUAGCAGUCGACAUCUCACGCGGUCUAAACUACCUCCAUUUUGACCGAGCAAUCCCACACGGAAACCUCAAGUCAACCAACAUUUUAUUAGACGGUCAAGAUCUAAACGCGCGUGUAGCCGAUUACUGUCUCCACCGCCUCAUGACACAAGCGGGGACCAUCGAACAAAUUCUUGAUGCCGGAGUUCUCGGCUACCGGGCCCCGGAGCUGGCGGCAUCCAAGCGGCCCCUACCCUCCUUCAAAUCAGACAUUUAUGCAUUUGGAGUUAUUUUGUUGGAGCUUUUGACCGGAAAGUGUGCCGGAGAUGUGGUGGCGGGGGAGGGUGGUGGUGGGGUGGAUUUGAAUGAUUGGGUGCGGUUGAAGGUGGCCGAAGGGCGGGGUGCGGAUUGUUUUGAGGCGGUGUUGAUGACGGAAAUGGGAACUCCGGCGGCGGAUAAGGGGAUGAAGGAGGUGCUUGGGAUUGCCUUGCGGUGUUUACGGCCGCUUUCUGAGCGCCCGGGGAUUAAGACGGUUUAUGAAGAUCUUUCGUCUAUAUAAAUUAAAUUUAAAAUAGCUAGUUUUUUUUUUUGUUUAAUCUUAUUUUUUUUUAUGGUGUUAGAUUAGGGAUUGAACUGGGAAUCAAUAGUUCAUUGUUCCUUUUUUUUUUUGAAAUCUUUUUUUGGUGAUUUCUGAAGGUAUGUUUUUGGGUUGUUUGUAAUCAGAUUUUACCAAAAAAUUGGUUGGUUUUAUGGUAUGUUUGGAGGGGUUUGAAAA